CUUGUCAACUGAAUAUACUGCCGCAUGCCAUCCACAGAAGGAGCUAUUUACAUACCUACGAAUGACGAGUCCGACCAAUACCAUCCUCACCGAUCGCUUCAGUCAACUCCUACAGAAACGAGAGCAUCCCCAAACCCUCUGUCCAUCCGAAGUGGCACGGUCAUUCUCGACUUCCGAACUCGAAACGCUCAAGGUCGCAUCAUGGCGGGAUCUCAUGCCUCAACUGCGACAAAUGUCCUUUCAAGCCCGGGAUCGAGGCGAGAUCGAGAUUUUGCAGAGAGGUGAGCUCGUCAGCAGCGAUUGCCAAUUGGAUGAUGUUCGUGGGCCGAUCAGGAUACGCAAGGUUCAAGAUUUGUGAAUGCACAAAAGAAUGUGUUACGAUUCAAG